GGGUAGGGUGGAAGGCCUUUCCAGGGUUGCUGCAGGCCUUGCCAGGAAAGAGCUGCCGAGCUCCAGGAAAUGGGUGCUGAGGGAGUGCCAUGGCAGGCUGUCCCUCUCUACCCUCCAAUUCCCACCAGAGGCCUCUCCUCUCCUGACUAUUGGACACUGCGCCUUUAAAAGCAGCCACUCCUCCUGGGAUCUAGGGUGUGGGGGGUGAGAUGGGGGAAAGCUGACAGACUUACCCCAACAACUUAGGGAAGAUGGCCCAGGCAGGAGGAGUCGCUCCCAAAUCCUAUUGUCCCCUUCCCUGAGCCAGGGGGUCAGGGAGAACUUUCCCACCCCAGGCGUGACAGGAGAUGGCUCCGUGGCCUCACAAGAACGGCUCUCUGGCUUUGUGGUCAGAUGUCCCCACGUUGGACCCCAGUGCAGCCAACACGAGUGGGUUGCCAGGGGUGCCAUGGGCAGCGGCAUUGGCUGGGACGUUGUUGGCGCUGGCCACGGUGGGAGGCAACCUGCUGGUAAUCGUAGCCAUAGCCCGCACGCCGAGACUCCAGACCAUAACCAACGUGUUCGUGACUUCGCUGGCCACAGCUGACUUGGUAGUGGGACUCCUCGUAAUGCCACCGGGGGCCACUUUGGCGCUGACUGGCCAUUGGCCCUUGGGUGCAACUGGAUGCGAGCUGUGGACGUCGGUGGACGUGCUCUGUGUAACCGCCAGCAUCGAGACCCUGUGCGCCCUGGCUGUGGACCGCUACCUAGCUGUCACCAACCCUCUGCGUUAUGGCACACUGGUUACCAAGCGCCGAGCUCGGGCGGCGGUGGUCCUGGUGUGGAUCGUGUCCGCUACCGUGUCCUUUGCGCCCAUCAUGAGCCAGUGGUGGCGCGUAGGGGCUGACGCCGAGGCGCAGGAGUGCCACUCCGAUCCGCGCUGCUGUUCCUUCGUCUCCAACAUGCCCUACGCGCUGCUCUCCUCCUCCGUCUCCUUCUACCUUCCGCUCCUGGUGAUGCUCUUUGUCUACGCGCGAGUGUUCGUCGUGGCUAAGCGUCAACGGCGUUUACUGCGCCGGGAGCUGGGCCGCUUCCCGCCCGAGGAGUCUCCGCGGGCUCCGUCGCGCUCUCCGUCCCCUGUCACAGGCGGGACAGGCUUGGCUCCGGAUGGAGUGCCCUCCUGCGGCCGGCGGCCGGCGCGGCUCCUGCCGCUCCGGGAACAUCGCGCCCUGCGCACCUUAGGUCUCAUUAUGGGCAUCUUCACUCUGUGCUGGCUGCCCUUCUUCCUGGCUAACGUACUGCGCGCCCUCGCCGGGCCCUCUUUGGUUCCCAACGGGGUUUUCAUCGCCCUCAACUGGCUGGGCUAUGCCAACUCCGCCUUCAACCCGCUCAUCUACUGCCGCAGCCCGGACUUCCGCGACGCUUUCCGCCGUCUUCUGUGCGGUUGCGGUGGCCGCGGGCGGGAGGAGCCACGCGCUGUCGCCUUCCCAGCCAGUCCCGCGGGAGCCACAGCGGCUCGGGCCAGCUCAGCCGAGUUCAGGCAGAGCCGGCCGCUCAACAGAUUUGGUGGCUAUGGAGGUGAGCGGCCAUUUCCCCCAUGAAGGACCACCGAGAUCCCUCAGGGAAUCUGUGAGUUGAAAUUUCAACUGCAUCCCUCCCUCAGGGACUGGGUCGGAGCUGUAGGGUGGGACUGGGAAGGCGGGAGCUGAAUGGUCCUUAUACCUUUGGAAAGUAAAAGUGCUUUUCAGGGUUCCUGAGACACUGCCCCCUACCUGCUAGUGCUUGGCUCCCGCCUCCUUGACCAGUUACCCUCAGAAAUAUUAUCUCCAUUUUGCAGGACUUCUGGGAGUUUUCGUGUUUCUUUUGGGGGGAGGGGUUGUUUUGUUUUGCUUUUGCCAGAAAAACAAGAAACAACUCCAUGGAUGCAGAAUUUUGAUGACGCCCCUAAUUUCUACUCAGAGUGAGUCCCCAGGCUGAAAAACCUCAUCUCUCGGGAGCCUGCUAACUCGACUGCAAGAUGCCCUGCGAAGGGGAACUCUUACCGAGUGGGUUUCACCAGCAGACCCACGGGGAACUCUUGCCGAGUGGGUUUCACCGGAAGACCCACCUGGAACUUCGCUACUACCUCAGCAGCUGGGAUGUCAGGCCACCUGUGCCCAGUUGCCCCGUGAGCAGCCCUACAGCUUUGAAGGGAUGGUCCAUCACUCUGCUUGUGUGUGUGCUGUGUGCUUAGGGCAAAGAAAGCACCCCUACCUACCUCCCUUCUUUCUGCUUUCCUGACCCCAGUGAGCGGCUUGUGAUUCUGUGUCUCUGGCUAGUUUGAGGGCAGGAAGCCAGGGAAAAAAACAACCAAGUUUGAGGUUUUGCCCCAUGGCUCUCUCAAACCAUAUCUUGCUUUCCGCACAAACCAGCUCUGAUCUACCUCAUAGUUGGAACGUCAAGGAGGGAUUCCAGGGUUCAUAGAAGGUGAACCGCUGGAAUGGCUCUCUUUUCCACUUAAAAUCAAAUU